CCGCGGAGAAAAUGGAGAACUUCAUGUUGAUCUUGAUCUUGUUCUUGAUGAAGGGGAGAAUUGUAGGAGAUUGUCUUGACUUGGAAAAUACUCUCAAUACCUGUGGAUGUGUUCCCCCUUUAUAUACACAGCCCUCCCAGGAAGCCUUCUAUCCGGCGUGGCAAGAAUUGGGAGCCAGCAGGCUAGACGCUGCACUAUCACAACAACCUCUUGAAAAAGUAGAGGUCAAGAGUGGAUGUUACCCGCUUGUGAUAAUAUAUACUGAAUCACAAAACACAUAACUUUGGGUAUGGCUAGUUUUACAGCUGCCCGACAGUCCCUGGCGGAUAGUAGCCUCGGUCGCGAUACUUCAUGGCCUUUUUAAAAUAAAUUUGAAUGAAUAUCGGCUAACAUGCCUGAAUUGAUUCUUCCUGAGCAUAGAAGCAUGUCGUCUAGGCAGUGUUAUGAUUUAGGAAAUGACUUGAUGGAUUGAUUGAUACGAGACAGCCGGGGAGUCUCUCAUGGACAUCAGGGUACGUUCCUGCGGGGACUAGGUGGGUAUCUAUAUGUGGUCGCAGGCAUCUGAGUAUCAAAUUUGCCUGACAUAGGCUCCUUUUCACCGUCGUUGGAACCUCUGUAUCAAUUGUGUGCCUGUCUAAGUAUAUGAAAAACCCCUGAUGUUGACAAGCUUCAAUCAAGGUUCUACGGAAGAUCCCCGUGGCCCGAGCGGGGGCGUUAGGUUACGGAAUAAAUAAGUUCCGUUGAGGCUCCGCAGUAAAAUCACAUGACAGAUCUGCCACGUGAUGAUUAAGUCAGUUGGGGGCUUGGCGCUGUAACAUCUUCGUCGUCGAAAUUCAGGCAUACGGCGAUGACGCUGAUGACAUAGAGAUACCCAAUAUCAUACGAUAGAGUGCUGUUUUCAGAGUGCUUUACAUGGCAUAGCCUUCGUCUGCCGCACGCCAACUUAUAUUCUUUUUGGCUACCAGCGCAUCCUCCUCGGUGUUAGAUCUAUAGCCACUAUGGGUAUGCGAGACCCCCUCCUUGAGGCCAUGGCCGAAGUAAAGGUCAACGGUAACCAGCUACGGAAACAAGCAACCAAGGCCGAAGCUUCCGCCCGCGCACAGGAAGACAAGGCCAUCAAAGCCAUGAAGAAAGGACAGUUCCAAAUCUCCCGCAUCCACGCCAGCUCAGCAAUCCGCGAAAAACGCCGGUCAGUUACCCUGCUUUCAAAAUCAGCAGAGGCAGACGUGAUAUACAGCGAUCUCUCCGCCGCCAAAAGUACCCGCGACUCUACACGAUCCCUCAUGAAAGCAUCCAAGGCGCUUGACUCAGCGUCAAGGAGUAUAAAUCUUGAACGCACGCUCGCUGUUGCCAACCAGUUCGUCUCCCGGUCAGAAGACUUUAAAUUGGCUGGGUCUGCCUUGGAGGGAGUUUCCAAGGAUGUCCAGAUGCAAGAAUAUGGCGCUGAGGGAGAUGAAGAUGUCGAUCGUCUCAUGGAGCGACUCGCGGAUAGUGCUGGGGUCGAUUUACGCCAGGGCUUGGAGGAGAAUACCGCUCCACGCGAGGAGCUUACUGUGGCCAACAAACAGAAAGAGGCGGAGUUUGAGGACGGCCUGGCGGGCAGACUGAGGGCAUUGAGAGGAUGAUGUCGUUGUCCUUCUUUCUGAAGCCCUUAAUGUUGGAUGACUACAGACAUAUGCUGCCUGUUUCCUUUUCUCUGGUUCCAUUUUCAUUUCCUAUUUCGUUUUCGCUUGUCAUAAUCGGUUUGGAGUUGGGGCAUGAACAUGAGGCUCGUCACCUUCAUUUGAAGCGGCGCUAGAUAUCCGUGGUAGUUGGGUUUUGCGACAUUAUAUAUAUUAUUCCUUGGGUCCAUUCGAUAUCACAGUGUUCAAUCUCCUACUUUGUUUCUUCUACGCGACUAAGAUCCAGCUCUUGGGCCCAGCAGGGAUCGUCACGUGACAGAUCUCCGAC